AUGGGUUCACUUAAGAUUGAUUCAGGAGUGGCUAGAGAUAUGUUUGCUGGGUAUGUAGUUGCUGGGGAUAAGCCUUUUAAUAUGGUUGAUGAUAGGAGAUUUAGAAAUUGGGUGAAAUAUAUUAGUCCAACUUUGAAACUUCCUUCUAGGAAUACGGUUAAAGCUGACAUAGUGAAAGUUUAUAAGAGAGAAGCUGCGAAACUUAAAAAAAUUUUAGUUUCCAUUCCAAAUAGAAUUUGCUUAACAUCUGAUCUUUGGACUUCCAGUACCAAUGAGGGGUUUAUAUGUUUGACUGCACAUUUUGCUGAUGAGAAUUGGAAAUUACAGAGUGAAAUUCUCAAUUUUUGUCAUAUGCCUCCUCCUCACACAGGAUUUGAAUUGUCUUCUAAAAUUUUUACGCUUUUGACUGAGUGGAAAGUUGAUAAAAAGAUUUUUUCCAUUACUUUGGAUAAUGCUUCUUCUAAUGAUACUUGUGUUGAACACUUGAAAAGUACUUUGGAUGUGCAUGGUUCAUUGGUGUGUGGUGGUGAAUUCUUUCAUGUUCGUUGCUCUGCUCAUAUUUUAAAUCUUAUUGUCCAAGAUGGAAUGAAAAUAUGUGGUGAUGCAGUGUCUAAGAUUAGAGAGGGUAUUAAGUUUCUGAGCAAAUCUGAAAGUCGAAUGGUUAAGUUUAAAGAAUGUUUUGAAGAUAUUGAGGGACUUGAGUAUACGACUGCAUUAUGUUUAGAUGUUCCUACUAGGUGGAAUUCACUUUAUGCAAUGCUUGCAAGUGCUAUUCCUUAUAAGAAAGCUUUUGAAAUGUAUAAAGUAAAAGAAGCUGGGUUUAGGGAGUUUUGUCCUUCAUCAGAUGAGUGGAGAAGAACUGAAAAGAUAUGUGAUUUCUUGUUACCAUUUUACGAAACUACCAAGUUGAUGUCUGGAACUUCUUAUCCAACAUCCAACUUGUAUUUUUUACAAGUUUGGCAAAUCCAGCUGAUUUUAAUGAAUAGUUUGAAGAAUGAUGAAGUGAUUAUAAGGAACAUGGGAGAAAAAAUGAUGAUUAAGUUCAAUAAAUAUUGGGAAGAAUACAGUGUUGUUCUUGAAUUUGGGGCAGUUCUUGAUCCUAGAUUUAAACUCAACACUUUGGUUCAUUGCUAUAAUGAGAUUGAUCCUAUUAGUGCUAAAGACAAAGUGGAGCUUGUGAAGAGUAAGUUAUACAAGCUUUUUGAGGUUUAUGACUAA